CGUGCACUUUGGAUCGGCUGGCGGUUCCUGUUUAACAAACACCAUUACUCUGCGGACCAUGUCGACUUACUUUGAGACUGUCAAGAAGUCGUACGCCGAUGUGCCCAUCACCGAGGAGGGCAUCGACACGUCGCAGUUCCUCGAGGCGACCGAGGGUGUUGUCAAGCUCUUUGACCUGCUCGGCAACUCGGCCUUUGCCCUCGUACAGACAGACAUGAACGGCAAUGUCAAGAAAAUCAGAGACCGCUUCCUCGCCUCGCCGGUGCAUUCAAACACGCUCGAGAAGCUCGUCGCCAGCGAGGGCAAGCCGGGCGAGAAGGGCCGGACGGCCUCCGAGGGGCUCAUGUGGCUCGUCAGGGGUCUCGACUUCACAGCGCAGGCGCUCAGGAGGUCGACCAAGGACAAGAAUGAAGAGCUUAGCACGAGCUUCUCCAAGGCCUACGAAGGUAGUCUUCGGCAGUACCACAACUUCGUCGUCAAGGGUGCCUUUUCGCUGGCCAUGAAGGCAUGCCCCUAUCGAGCCGAUUUCUACAAGAAGCUCGGCUCCCCUCCGGAAAAGGUCGAAGAAGAGCUUCACCGAUGGCUUGACGCCCUCGAGAAGAUCGUGGCCAGGUUGCAAGACUUUUAUGUCAAGGGCAACUACGCGAAGGGCUUCUGAAUGGACUCUCCGCAAUCGUAUACUUCGUCAUCGUCUGCUGCUGCUCAUCUGUCAUGGGAUGCAUAGCCAAGAAGUGUUUUGGUUGAUGUCUGAGACUAAUGUGACAUUGCCCAGUGCGAAGGGGCGUGAUGGAAUGGAAAGGAUGCAAUUAGACGACGGUACCGGCGUUGGA